AUGUACACGGAAGGCUUCGCAGGUCCAUCAGAGAAGGUCGUUAAGCCUUUGACUCCGGAGGACCUCGCCAGAUUCAAAGCAGCGCAAGAACGAACUGGUGUCGUCUAUAUUUCACGGAUUCCUCCUGGUAUGCGUCCUACGAAGGUUAGGCACCUCAUGAGCGCAUAUGGAGAAGUCGGCAGAGUGUAUCUCCAGCCAGAAGAUCCCAAGCGGACGUAUCUUCGUCGAAAGUUCACUAGCACGAAGAAGGUGCACUUCACAGAAGGCUGGGUAGAGUUCAAAGACAAAAAAGUUGCGCGGUCGGUAGCGGAGAUGUUAAAUGCCCAAUCCAUUGGUGGGAAGAAGGGUUCCCGUUGGAGGGACGAUGUGUGGACCAUGAAGUACUUGCCGAAGUUCAAAUGGAGCAUGCUCACAGAGCAGAUAGCCCAUGAAGCUGCCGUACAUGCCGCACGGCUCCGCAUGGAAUUGUCGCAAUCCAAGCGCGAGCAGCAGGAAUACCUCAGGAACGUCGAGCUUGCUCGUGUUCUUGACAAGCGGGCGGAAAGGAAGAAGAGCAAGGCUGCAGACGGCCCAGUUGAGCGUAUGGAUGGGGUCGAGAAACCCGCCAAACGAGAGAGAGCAGAUGGUGAACGGCCGUUGAAGAAGAGGCGAAAAGAGAAACAGGAAGAAGCUAUAGACGAAUCAACACAAAAACAGCUUAAUAGCGUGCUAGGCAAUAUCUUCUAG